AUGACCGUCAGUUCUACUCUACGUUCUGUGGAGGCUGCCAUCCCUGGUGCCGAUUUCAACGCCGGCAUCGGAUCGUUUGCAAAUAUCUCCUCUCCAACUACCAUACGGAACAUCACUCGUGCGGAGCCAUCGAUGACCUUUGACACAUCGCUGCCGAGCCCCUCCAAGACGACCACUAUUCUCCCACUAGUUACUCCAACAAAGUCCGACGCGACAACGACGACGAGAGUGGACGCUACGACGAGAGUGACUGCAACCACGGCACUUCCAUCAGCCGCCUCCAUUACCACCUCUAUCUCGCGCAUGGGUGGCUCAGCUUCCUCCAGCACUAGUGCUAAUGCACCGCCACCCAGAACACUUCCCACAGCUAAUGCCGGCUCCAGCACAACUUCCUCAAGCAGUCCUCCAAGCGCUGAACCGUCACCCCCGCAUCGCUCCUUCGCCACUAUUACCACCAUAUUCAGCAGCAGCAGCAGCAGCACUGCCAUCUCCAGCACAUUGAGCAUCUCCAAAGAGGUGUCUAGAACAUUUGCUUCCCCCUCACCUUCAACGUUGCCGAAGACCAGCACAGUGGACGUACCAACAUCGAGAGAGCCCUCGACGACUAGUCUCGCUACCGCCAGCGGUUUAUCACCGGCCCUAACUACCCCCACCUCUGCGCCGUCUGCAGCCCCGGCGACCUCACCGGCAGGCCCUGCUGCCGAGCCGGUAGACACAGACUUAACUCGUCUGCGCAUGGUCACCACGGCCCCAGACCCGACGGCGGAGCCCAUGGGGGCACGGCGGUCUACGGCGGGCCACACCUCUACCGCUGAAUCCGCGCAGAAUGGCUCCGCCCCUGAAACACCUCAGCAAAGCGGCGGCUCCACGGCGCCUCCGCCUAGCCGCAUCGGGGGCAAAACCGAUGCUGUGGUAGUGUCUGGGCUUUGUAAGCCCCGGUGCCAGGGAGGCGGCCUUGGCGCAGCCUUGGCCGUUCUGGCAACUGUUGCUACCGUAAUCAGGAUGCUUUGCUAGAAAGCGUUGCGAAUAGCAGAUGCAGACCGGGUCCUCCUUUUCUUGCUGGCGAGUCCCUCCUUCUCGGCGGACCGAUGCUCGGUGCGCUGCAACGCGAGGUCCUGAGUCAUAUCUGCGGCCGUGGGUGUCGACUGGAGAGACAGGCUGAGAAAGGAGGUGAGGACAGUGUUGGGUAUAAAAGUGACACAGUCAAUAGCACACUCGGGGCUUCCCCGACAAGAGCGGGGGGAGAGGAAACGGGUUAAGUCAGUGCACCCCCUGUCCGACCACCCCCCCGUCCGGACACUCUGUAAGGAUCCGAUUAACACCAAACCUACUACAUUCAACUGCAAAUUUCUACCUUUAUUCAAGCCACCUCGAUGCAAAACAAAGCUAAUUCCUAUUUAGAAUUUUCCAGGCUUUCAAACGCACUAUUUACUUUUUCCAAAUCCUCCCCUUUCUUUGCAGCAAUUUGGCGGAUAUCCAUAAAGCCUCGUUGGGAUUAAAAGCCAACCUUUUUUUUUUGCAAAGCUUUUGUGCUUCCAAUUGGGGUUUUAACCGCUUAAUUUUUGCUAAACGGUAAUUAAAUCGUAUUUAUGCGCUUCGUAGCCUUUUUGUAGCUUUUUUUUUUAAAAAAAAAGCCGUAUUGUAAAGCUUGUAAGGAUUCGGGCUUUAAUAAAGCUAAUUUGGGUAGCCAAUUUUUCCAAUCGCUUAAAG